CCUUCUUAAGGAGCAGAAACCAGGAGGAGGGCGUCAGAUGGAAAAGCUAACUUAAAAUUAUAUGGUCAGGAUUUGGAAAGAGUUAAACAAUUUAAAUUUCUUGGGAUGUGGUUUGAUGAAAGAAUGACAUGGGGGGUGCACAUUAAAAAAAUAAUCGAUAAAUGUAGAAAGGUGCUAAAUAUAAUGAGGUGUUUAGUUGGAACAGAGUGGGGAGCUGAUAGAAAAUCAUUAAAAGCAAUUUAUACUGGGUUAAUCAGGUCAGUACUUGACUAUGGAUGUAUAGUCUAUAACUCAGCAGCAGAUACAAAUCUACAUAAGUUAAAUAUUAUUCAACAUCAGGCUUUAAGAAUAUGUACUGGAGCUUUUAAAACAUCGUCAACAGCAGCAUUACAGGUUGAAAUGGGAGAAAUGCCUCUUAAAGUUAGAAGGGAUCAAUUAUCAUUAAACUACUGGUCAAAUUUACAGGGGCAAAGGAAGGAUCAUCCAACAUUAGAGGUGCUUAAACCUGGAUGGGAAAAAGAAAAGAAACAAUUAAAGAGCUUUGGAUGGGUAAUAAAAAAUAAAGUCAAUGAAAUGAAUUUAAAUCAGUUAGAUAUAUGUCAGACAGUUCCGUUAACAACAAUACCACCUUGGAUACUUCCUGAUGCUAAAGUUGAUCUUGCAUUAUUAGAAAAGAAGGAAAAAGAAAAAUAUCAUAUUAUGAAUAAAUAUAUAGUAUUAGAACACUUAAAUAAAUAUUAUAAUUAUAUACAAAUAUAUACAGAUGCAUCAAAAAAUACAUCUAAUAGGGUAGGGAUAGCAUUUAUAAUACCACAGUUUCAUAUUAAGAUAGGAAAAAGGAUUAGUGAUGGAGUUUCAGUGUAUACAGGAGAAAUGCUAGCUUUGCUUUUAGCAGUUCAAUGGGUGGAAGAGGUAAGACCAUUAAAAUCUAUCAUUUGCUCAGAUUCUAGUUCAUCAUUAAUCAGUUUGCAAAAUAAUCAGUCAGACAGUAGACCUGAUAUAUUAAUUGAAAUACAACAAACGCUUUACAGAAUAAAUAUGAUGGGGUUAGUAGUAAAUUUUGUUUGGGUUCCGGCACAUAACGAGAUUAAAGGAAAUGAAAUGGCAGACAGAAUGGCUAAGGAGAGUACAAAUAAGGUAAGGGUAGAUAUUAAUGUUAGUUUUGGUAUAACAGAAAUAAAGGGUAUAAUUAAACAAAAAGCCAAAGAUAGGUGGCAAAAGUUAUGGGAUGAAGAAAGGAAAGGAAGGUGGCUUUAUAAAAUACAAAAGAGAAUUGGACAAAUGAGAAUAACAGAAAGGAACAGGAGAGAAGAGAUAAUUAUUUCACGACUUAGAAUGGGACACACUGGAUUGAAUAGAUCAUUAUUUUUGAUAGGUAAACAUCAGACAGGGAAAUGUGACUGUGGGGAAGAUGAGACUGUGGAACAUGUCAUUUUGAAUUGUAAUAAAUAUUGGAUUCAGAGAAACAGGUUGACAAGUAAACUUAGUAACAUGAAAAUUAAACUUGAUAUUGUUGAUUUAUUGCGAAAGGAAUCAGGAAGCAGAGGAUACCAGGUCAUAUUUGAGUUUUUGAAACAGAGUAGGUUGUAUAAUAGGAUAUAGUUUUUU